CUGCUCAGACGCUGGAGCCCCCCGGGCAGCUUGUGUUUCCAGGCGUUGCAGAUCUGAUUUCAGCCUCAGCCAUGGGCAGGCUAAGGGUUAACAGGAGACGCAGCACGUUAACUGUAUCUGUGGAGAUUAUGGCAUGUUUAUCCAGUGUUCAGAUUUCCUGUCUGAGUGUUUGGAUUUCCUGAAAUCCCUGCUAUCAGCCCAAGUGCUGUCCACUGAGCAAACCUUUUCUCUCUCUCCCCUUUUUUCUCCCCCUUCUUUUUUUUUAGCUUUGCUCACAUGGUAGGUUUUCCUUCCUGCUCUCUUUCCAGUUGUAGUGCCUGUGUCUCCUCACCGGUCAGGACAUUUAUGGAUGCAGAUCAACACUCUUAGACUCCAGAACUCUGGGAAUCGCCAUCCAUUGGAUUUCCUUUUUUAUUAUUCUUAUUUUAUUUCACUUUGUUUUAUCUUUUUGUGGCAAGAAAACCUGAAGAAACAUGCUCUUUUCUCAGCUGCCCAUGGGAGAAUAUGUUUUAGUCUGAGAUGGAAUAAUGGCCUUAGGUUUGAGGACCAAGACUGGAAUGGGAAUUCAGACUGCACGCGUCCUGGUAGGUUUCUGGUUGUGACAGAUGAGACAUGAGAUCUUCAGCUUCCAGGCUUUCAAGUUUUUCUUCAAGAGAUUCACUAUGGAAUCGGAUCAUGCCGGACCAGAUCACCGUGUCGGAGUUCAUCGCCGAGACCACAGAGGAUUACAACUCCCCGACCACCUCCAGCUUCACCACCCGGUUGCAGAACUGCAGAAAUACGGUCACGCUGCUGGAAGAGGCAUUGGAUCAAGACAGAACUGCUCUACAGAAGGUGAAAAAAUCUGUGAAAGCAAUAUAUAAUUCGGGGCAAGAUCAUGUCCAAAAUGAAGAAAACUAUGCACAAGUACUAGAUAAAUUCGGAAGUAAUUUUUUAAGUCGGGAUAAUCCAGAUCUUGGCACAGCUUUUGUAAAGUUUUCCACGCUUACUAAAGAAUUAUCAACGCUGCUGAAGAACCUGCUCCAAGGUUUAAGCCACAAUGUUAUUUUCACUUUGGAUUCUCUCUUAAAAGGAGACCUAAAAGGUGUUAAAGGGGACCUCAAAAAACCUUUUGACAAAGCCUGGAAGGAUUAUGAAACCAAAUUCACGAAAAUUGAAAAGGAAAAAAGAGAACAUGCAAAACAGCAUGGGAUGAUAAGAACUGAAAUAACAGGAGCCGAGAUAGCAGAGGAAAUGGAGAAGGAAAGGCGACUAUUUCAGCUACAGAUGUGUGAAUAUCUUAUUAAGGUUAAUGAAAUAAAGACAAAAAAGGGUGUGGACCUUCUGCAGAACCUGAUUAAGUAUUACCAUGCACAAUGCAAUUUCUUCCAGGAUGGCUUGAAAACAGCUGAUAAACUUAAACAAUAUAUUGAAAAGUUGGCUGCUGACCUGUAUAAUAUAAAGCAGACACAAGAUGAAGAAAAGAAACAGCUUACUGCCCUUCGUGAUUUGAUAAAAUCUUCUCUGCAGCUUGAUCAGAAGGAGGAUUCACAGAGCAGGCAAGGAGGAUAUAGUAUGCAUCAGCUGCAGGGGAAUAAGGAAUAUGGUAGUGAGAAGAAAGGUUAUCUUUUAAAGAAGAGUGAUGGGUUAAGGAAAGUAUGGCAAAGAAGAAAGUGCACUGUUAAAAAUGGAAUUCUUACCAUAUCACAUGCAACGUCCAACAGGCAACCAGCUAAAUUGAAUUUAUUGACCUGCCAGGUGAAGCCAAAUGCUGAAGAUAAGAAGUCUUUUGAUCUAAUAUCACAUAACAGAACAUACCACUUUCAAGCAGAAGAUGAACAGGAAUACGUAGCAUGGAUAUCAGUAUUGACUAACAGCAAAGAAGAAGCAUUAAAUAUGGCAUUCCGUGGAGAGCAGAGCACAGGGGAGAACAGUUUAGAGGAUCUGACAAAAGCCAUUAUUGAUGACAUACAGAGAUUACCCGGAAAUGAAGUCUGUUGUGAUUGUGGCUCACCAGAUCCAACAUGGCUAUCAACUAACUUGGGCAUUUUAACCUGCAUUGAGUGUUCUGGAAUACACAGAGAAAUGGGUGUCCAUAUUUCUCGAAUCCAGUCUUUGGAAUUAGACAAAUUAGGAACGUCUGAACUCUUGCUGGCCAAGAAUGUAGGAAAUACUAGUUUUAAUGAUAUUAUGGAAGGGAAUUUACCUAGUCCUUCACCUAAACCCACUCCAUCAAGUGAUAUGACUGCACGUAAAGAAUUUAUCACUGCUAAAUAUGUAGAUCAUAAGUUCUCCAGGAAGACUUGUGCAUCUGCAGCAGCUAAACUGAGUGAAUUACUUGAGGCUGUCAAAUCCAGGGAUUUACUUGCACUAAUUCAAGUCUAUGCAGAGGGGGUAGAGCUAAUGGAGCCACUGUUAGAGCCUGGACAGGAGCCAGGUGAAACAGCACUUCAUUUAGCAGUCCGGACUGCUGACCAAACCUCUCUCCAUCUGGUUGACUUCCUUGUACAAAACUGUGGAAACCUGGAUAAGCAAACAGCGCUGGGCAAUACAGUUCUACACUACUGCAGUAUGUAUAAUAAGCCUGAGUGUUUGAAAUUGCUUUUGAGGGGGAAGCCAACUAUUGAUGUAGUCAACCAAGCUGGAGAGACUGCUCUGGACACGGCAAAAAGAGUGAAAGCUGUCCAGUGUGAGGAACUGCUUUCUCAAGCCAAGGCAGGAAAGUUAAACCCACACGUCCAUGUAGAGUACGAAUGGAAUCUUCGGCAGGAAGAGAUCGAUGAAAGUGAUGAUGACUUAGAUGAUAAACCUAGUCCCAUAAAAAAAGAAAGAUCUCCAAGACCCCAAAGUUUCUGUCACUCUUCAAGCAUUUCUCCUCAAGAGAAACUGACUCAUCCUGCAUUUAGCACUCCCAGAGACAAGCAAAGACUCUCCUAUGGAGCUUUUACCAAUCAGAUCUUCGCUUCUACAAGCACAGAUUCACCCACCUCUCCAACUGCCGAUGCUCCUCCUCUUCCUCCUAGAAAUGCUGGCAAAGUUCCUGUUAUACCAUUAACUGGAAUAAUGGUUCUUCCAUAUCUGUCAUUAAGUGGCCCACCUUCAACCCUCCCUCUAAGCACUCAAACCUCUAGUGGCAGCUCCACUCUUUCCAAGAAGAGACCACCUCCCCCACCCCCAGGACACAAAAGAACCCUCUCUGACCCACCAAGCCCACUACCUCAUGGACCCCAGAAUAAGGGCCCAAUUCCUUGGGGUAAUGAUUUGGGCCCACCUUCAACUAAGGCUGCAAACAAGUUUGAGGGGAUGUCUCAGCAGUCAAGCACUGGGACUGCAAAGACUGCACUUGGCCCUAGAGUUCUUCCCAAACUACCUCAAAAAGUGGCACUAAGAAAAAUAGAAACCAGUCAUCACCUUUCAAUAGAUAAAUCCCAUCAGCACACGGAAAUGUUUCAGAAGCCCUCGCUGUCCAUCGAUAUACCACAGAAACCACAGCCUGGAGACUUGCCCCCAAAGCCUCUGCCCCUGGAAUUAACUCAGAAACCUCAAGUGGUAGAUUUACCCCCAAAGCCUGGAGAACUGCCCCCAAAGCCUCAGCUCGGAGACUUGCCACCAAAACCACAACUUGGAGACUUACCUCCAAAGCCGCAAAUGAAGGACCUUCCUCCAAAACCUCAGCUGGGAGAGCUGUUGGCUAAAACCCAAGGUGGAGAAGCAUCACCGAAGCCUCAGCCCUCAGAGGCAAAUCAGAAAUCUCACUCCUUAGAUCUUUCUCCAAAUGUACAAUCUAGAGACACCGUCCAAAGGCAAGCAUCUGAAGAGUCUAAUGACAUAACACACGCCCUGCCAGAAACCCCUGUGCCACUGCCCAGGAAAAUUAACAUGGGGAAAAACAAAGUUAGGCGAGUGAAGACCAUUUAUGACUGUCAGGCAGAUAAUGAUGAUGAGCUCACAUUUGUUGAAGGAGAAGUAAUUAUUGUAACUGGUGAAGAGGACCAAGAGUGGUGGAUUGGCCACAUCGAAGGACAGCCAGAGAGGAAAGGGGUCUUCCCGGUGUCCUUUGUGCACAUUCUGUCAGACUAGUAAAAACAAAUAAACAAAACCCAUCCUAAACUUGAGCAUUGCACAUUCUUCAUGCAAGACGGGCUUUUUAGCAAAAGCGAACGCUGCUGCCUCCCUGUAAUCCUGUGCACAAUUGUAUAUAUAGCUGCUGUUACAAAUUAAGGAUUCAUUUAAGUUUUCACCUCAUGAGGUUGAAUUAUAUGUAUUGUAAAUAUACUGUGUUAUUCUGCCUUUGCCAGUAUUAUGGUAGCCUUGGAACCUGGCACGCCUUAUUGGGUUUGUUGAAGCCAUCCUCGGCAUCUAGCACUUACAUCUCUGUCUAGGAACUGCCAGCUUUCCAAACAUAGGUGGUUUCUGUCAACCAUGUAACUGUACAGAAAUGACUGUUCCUAAUAACUCGGUAUUCUCAAUAUACAAUUAGCAGAAAGUUAGAAUGAGUGAAUGGUUUUGGAGACUUUAAAAACCAGUCUGCAGUUUCUAAGUGUAUGCAGUUUACAGCUAUGAAACCCACUUUGGUAUUUAUUUAAUAUAGUGCUCAGUUCAGUGUAAUUAUGAAGACAAAUAUUCACUGACUUUACAGAUAACAGUAAUGUUUUACUGCGUGCACACAGCAUUUCAUGUUUCUAUGACGUGGACCUAUGCCAAACUGUGAUUGCAGUUCCCCUGUGAUAUUACCUCACUAUCAAAAGUUACCAAUUUCUUUCAUUCGAAACCUUCUUUUAAUGAAAAUGAGUCCUCUUGUUCUUUAGUAGAUAUAUGUGAAAUUUGCUGGGUUCUUUCACUGAAUUCUUAGUAACCAAGGACUUCUAGACAAUGUUAACUGUUGACAUUAUGCAUGCAUUUAGACGCUUACUUGAAACCUGCCUUUGUACAAAAGUAGUACUGUAGUCAUAUAGCUACAUUUGAGGAAAAGAACAUUUUAACUUAAUUGCUAUUCAGAUCAAUGUGAGCUUGCAACAGUAUUUGUUUAUAGCUGAAUUGGCUCUUUGAAAAAUGAGUUUGUGGGGUUUUAUUUUCCUCUUGUCUUCAACCUUACUAAAAGUUAGUGACCUAAAAUAAAACUUAUGUGGUGAUAUAAGGAUAAAUUUAAAUCAUUUCUAAGUGCUCUAAAAAGUGGAAGUUAAGGUGACCUCUCAUGCAUUUGAUCAGGCUGUUAAUGACAGAACUCAGAUCAGGCUGGUUUUAGUAGUGUUCACUGAACUGUAAUAGUCUUAAUUCAAAGCACCAAGUAACAGACCAUUCCAAAGCUAAUUUCUAAGAAAAUCUGUGGAAGGCUGCUUUGGACCUGAGGUUUCUUGGAAGCUGGGAUGAAGCUGCAUUGCCAGAAAACACGUACAUGUAUUACUGGAAACUUUUUAUUUCCUGUGCCACUUUCAACAUCACUUUUUACCUUUUGAAGCAUACCACAGUUGUGUUUUUCCCAUGGUUUGUCUGUAGCAGGUUCCGUGACUUUCAUACCUAGUUUUGUGUUACUUGCUUUAAACGUUACUUUGGCUUCAGUAACUGGUGCUGCUGUUUCAAAGCAGAUUGUCUUGGCUGCAUAGAAGGAUUUUCAUUUCAUCAAAGCACACCUCAGACCCUCUGAGGGCUUCCAUUUUUAAGUCACUUUUACAAGACUGUAGUCAGUGAAUAUUUAAUUCUGUUCAUGGUUAAUAUAGAAACAAGUAUCAGUCCAAACCCCACAUGGAAGGAAACGCAAAGCAUUUAUCAAUGGUCUUAUCAUUUAUAACAAAAGUUUAUGACAAGUAAUAAUAAUCACGCCAUGAGUGAGGAGCCUGCUGGCAUCUAAUCUUCAGUAUUACCAGCUCCAGUAUUUCAGACUUUAGUCUAUUUUUUAUGGAAAGGAAGUCAGGUUUAGCAUUUAUUUAGCAUUCCAUUUUAUCCAUUACUCCAAUGUUUUAAGUUGCAUUAAAGAACAAAACCUAUUCACUUUUGUGGUCAAUUGUAUUUUUAAGUGAUCUUGAAAUAAACUGAUAAAAGCAAAUCAUAUAACGAGAACCUAGGCAUGUAAAAUUAUGUAGAGUCAAAUGUCUAUUCUUUUCUACGCUCUUUAAAAUAGUAUACAUAUGCAUUUUAUAAAAUGAAAUGAGUUCCAUCGGGAACAAUAGUUCUGUUUAUUCUGGCUUCUUGUGGGUCAUAAGAAAUCUGAAAAUGUAUGAUAUUGAUUGAGUUUAAGUACAGUAUUAUAUUUGAACUCAAUGAGCCACUGUCUGCAAUUUUGUAUAUGACAUAGUAUUUGGAAAGUCUAAAUCUUUAUGGAAAAUUAGCUGAUAAAGGGUUGGGGGGAGGGCCAGGGGAAGGUGCCCCCAGAGGGGGAAGUUUGCUCUGCAGAUGAUGUCUUAUUUACUGUUGAACAACAGUUGCUAUUUAUUUUUUUAUUACAUAGUACAUCAACAUGUACAGAAAUCAGAUCUGGUCAUGCCACUAGUUAAAAUCUUGACUUCUCAUUGAAUGUUAAGGUAAAACAUCAGUACACAUGUCUAUUCACAUGUAUUUAAUGUGACAGUUUUUGAGUACUGUAUGUGUUAAUUUCUACUUUUUUAAUAUUUAAAAUUGCUUUUAAAUAAAUGUAUUCAGUUGAUCCCAGAUAUCUGCACAAGGCCCUUUUGUCAACUGGAAUAUCUUCUAGGGAGAAAGUCUGGAUUCCAAACAGGUAGAACUAAAACACUUGAAAUGUUUCCUCUCGACUAUAAAGCACCCCUUAUAUAAUGCAAUUAAAUGUGUAUCUAUCUCUUUAACAGCUGUUAAAUAUGGAUGCAAUUGCCUUUAUCUGGAAAACUUUACUUACUAAAGUUAGCAUCAAAACA